AGAUCGAAUCCACCAGUUGGCGCGAUCGGUUAUCUUAUAAUUUGGUCGAUGAUUAGUACUGGUAAGCACCAAUCAUCAAUAGUGUGGUAUAGAAUGCGUUCGCUAAUUGGUACAAACACUUUAAUUCUUCGGGAAAUGGGAAAGGCUCGUACCUUCAUAUAAAUAUAGCUUCAUGUAUCAUAGAUAUCUUAUGAGAGAAAAGAAAUAAUAAAAGGGAAUUUGAAUAUAAAGUAUUAUCGUGAUUAAUUAGUGCCUAAGACAAUAAAUUUAAAAAUCGAUAUAUAAUUACGAUGCAAUCAAAUCUCGAAAGUGGAUUGCAAUUAAUUACACGGUUAAGAAAAAAUUUAUGCGUUUCAGACUUUGACGAUACUCUCUUUUUUAACGGAUUAAGAAAUACGGACAUUAUAGAAAUAACUGGAAAUGCAUCCAGUGGAAAAUCACUUCUUUUAGCAAACAUUCUUGCUAAGUGCAUACUUCCUGAUACGUACGAUGGUAUCCGUGUUAAAGGACUAGCAGCUUCAGCGGUAUUAAUAAAUACUGAUUGUCAUUUUCAAAUAUCAAAAUUAAUUAAAGUAAUGUCGACGAUUGUAACCGAUGUAUAUAAAUCCGUUGGUAUAAAGAGAGUGAACAAUGAAACGAUAAGUAAAAUUGUUAAUGACGUGCUCGAUAAUUUAAUUAUAAUUAAUUGUUAUGGAAAUGAUCAAUUUUUACUAACAUUGCAAACGUUAGAAAGUAUAUUAUUUCGCAAUAACAAGAUUGUAAUUUUAGCAAUUGAUAGUAUAUCAGCAUAUUAUUGGCAAACUAGAGAAAAUAGUAAUAUUAAGUCUAUAGAUUCCUAUGUGAUAAAUUUAAUAAAACUUGUUCAAGCAACCACAUCUCAGUACAAUGUUAUAACAAUUUAUACAAGGCCAAGUACAGUGACUACAAAUGAUAUUGAAUCCAUGAAAUUUAUUACUACAAAUAUCCCAAAAGAAUUAAAUUAUAUUAUUCACUUAUUUAAAAAUAUUGAUUCAGAAAAACAUUUAUGUUUAAUAAAAUCAAAAAAAGGAACAAGAAUUAUUAGCUUCAUGAUUGAUACUGGUAUUAUUAAAUGGAUAACAGAAAGAGAUUAA